AUGCCGUGGGCAAAGAUAGCCAUAAGCCCUGGAGGUCACCCCUGGAAUGUCUACUAUGCUGGAGCCUGGAAGGGAUUCUUUGGAGGCAGUCUUCUGACUGUAUUUCUCAGUUCCUGUACUUAUGGGGGAAUCCCCCUUUGGCUAGGAUCUGUAUUUACGCUGAAAGUUCAAGUAAAUGACAUCAUCAGUCAUCAAUACCUACCCCACGCAAUUGUAGAAGUGUUUGUAAACUACACAAAGACAAAUUCCACCCUCACUGGAAGCAAUGGAGUGGUAUUAAUAAAAGUUCCCUACAAGUUAGGGCUAAGUUUAACUAUUGCAUCUUACAAAGAGGGCUAUAUGCUAACACCAUUGCCUUGGAAGACUGGAAGAAUGCCAAUAUAUUCAUCUGUGACACUUUCACUGUUCCCACAAAGCCAAGCUAAUAUAUGGUUGUUUGAAGAUACAGUUUUAAUUACGGGAAAACUGUCUGAUGCCAAAUCUCAACCGAGUGUUCAGUUUCCCAAAAUUUUAGUUAAACUUCCUAUAAACCACCAUAUUACAAAUGUGACUGCCUAUUUGACAGUGCCGCAGCAGUUUUUGAAAGUGGACAAUUUUCUUUAUACAACAGGAAUUCUUCUAAAUAAAUCAGGUUUUAAAAGCAUUGAAUUGACCCCUCUUGCUGCAAUAUGUGUAAACCUCCUUUCAGCUGGGAAAGAAUUGAAAGUGACUGGUCCAGUUCAUAUUACGUUGCCUCUUCUACCAACGAGUAGGGUAAAAUCAGGAGAUGCUAUACCUGCAUGGACGUUUGAUAUGAAAACUGGUGCUUGGGUAAGUCGUGGGCUGGGAAUGGUCAAGAAUACAAAUGACCAUUUAGUAUGGACGUAUGUUGCUCCGCACUUGGGAUACUGGAUAGCAGCUCCAGUGCCUGGAACCAGAGACUCUAUUAUUAGUGCGGUUUCCAAGGACAUAACAGCCUAUCACACAGUGUUCCUUACAGCCAUUCUUGGAGGUACUGUAGUCAUUAUCGUUGGAUUCGUCACUGUUCUUCUCUGUUACUGCAGAGAUAAAUGUGGUCAAUCACAUAAGAGGGAAAAAAAUACAACUAAACUGGAAGUCUUAAAAAAGGACCAGACAACAUCAACAACCCACAUAAAUCACAUCAGUGCUAUGAAGGGGUCAAUAAAGCUAGAGGAUAAAUCACAAUUAUACAUGCCCAAGGUUUCCUCUUACAGCCCUCAUAGAAAGACUUCUCUGGAAACAGAGGACAAAAAAGCCUGGGACAAUUUUAAAAUCUAUACAGAAAAUGUUUCGUAUCAAUCAUCAAGUCAGAGUGGUCAUUCAAGAAAUUCAACCCAGUCCUUGGAGCCCAAUGUUGGAGUCAGACAAUUUCAGCAGCCAAAGCACUUUAACAGCAGUGUUUCCCAAUCUCCCAGGGACAUUCAGGAUCAAAACAGGUAUCUUGCGGUGAACAAAGAGAUGUAUGGGCUUUCCCAUAUCCCAGAACAACUAAUGCAUCUUUACGGUCAGCCUAUUGCUGUCCUUCAAACCUCUGAUCUUUUCCACUCUCCAGAGCAGUUACAUUCUGCUAAGUCAGCUACUUUGCCAAGAAAAGGGCAGAUAGUCUACAGCCCAAUGAUGGAGCCCAUGAAUCGAGACAGCUAUACACAGACGCUACCAAAAAUGCCAAUGCACUCUCCUCUACAGCCCCCCACUUGCAGAGAUGAGAAAGCCACAUUAGAUGGUCAACAGGGCUUAUCCUCACAAACUUCAAACUGGGGUCGGUAUACCAAUAAUUUGCUGGAAUCUGUCUCUGUCCCUGGAACGCUGAAUGAAGCAGUUAUGACACCAUUUUCAUCUGAACUUCAAGGUAUUUCUGAGCAAACAUUAUUGGAGCUUUCUAAAGGAAAACCAUCUCCCCACCCCAGAGCAUGGUUCGUGUCAUUAGAUGGAAAGCCAGUAGCUCAGGUGAGGCACUCUUUUAUAGAUUUGAAAAAGGGCAGAAAAACUGAAAGUAACGAUACCAGCCUGGAUUCUGGGGUGGACAUGAAUGAGCAUCAUCCCAGUCGAAAACUAGAGCGAGAGAAAACUUUCAUUAAAAGCAUGCAUCAUUCCAAGAUUCUUUAUUUGGAAGAUUUGGAUCUGAGUAGCAGCGAAAGUGGGACCACUGUUUGCAGCCCUGAUGAUCAGUCUGUGAGACACCUACUGGAUGGAGGAAGUGGGCCGGACAUAGAACAGCACACUGAAGAACCACAACGAAAAGAAUCCACAUCAAGAGGUCAUGAGUGCAGUACUUCUCCAGCUAAAAAAAGAGGUAAACCACCUAUGACUAAAAAAGGUAGUCAAACCAAUAUCUGGAAAAAGAGAGAGGAGAGACCACUUAUCCCUAUAAAUUAAAACACAGUGUGUUUAGUGUUCUUGCUUUUUCUAGC